AGAAGAAAAGGAGUAGAAGAGGAAAGAGGGGAGGAAAAGAAUCGAGAGCUUUCUCUCUCUGUCCCUCUCUCUCUUCGCCCGAAUGGGCUUCCUUCUUCUACCUCUCUAUUUCUUAUCCCUCCUCCUUAUCGUCUUCUCCGCCGCUGUCCAUGGUGCCAAUUCCUCCGCCUCUUCUAUGACCCCGAUCCCUCGCGAUCUCUACCAUUCGAGUGGUGCUUUGUUGAAUGAGAUCGAGGCCUUGGCGAGUCGGCAUCCAGAUGUGUUAACUAUGGAAAAAAUGAGGGCAGACAAUAAGGGAUAUGCAGCAGAGAUUGUAGUGAUCACAUACAAUCAUGUAAAGAAGCAGACAAAUAACAAAUCGAAGUUCCGGAUUCUUCUGAGCUUUGGACAGCAUGGGAGGGAGCUUAUUACCUCUGAAGUCGCAUUGCAUCUACUUUCAGUUCUAGCUAAAGAGCAAAAGAUGCUCAGCAUGCAACCGACAUCCUUUAACAAAAUAUUGGAAAAUAUUGUCAUUAAGGUGGUUCCAAUGGAAAAUCUGAAUGGUCGCAAACUUGUUGAGGGAGGGGAGCUUUGUGAGAGAAGAAAUGGAAGAGGAGUUGAUCUCAACAGAAAUUGGAGUGUGGACUGGGGGAAAAAGGAGAAGGUCAGUUCUCUGGACUAUGAUCCAUAUGAAGAAAAUCCUGGAAUUGCCCCUUUUAGUGAGCCUGAGGCUCAAAUAAUGCGGAAGCUCGCCAAAUCAUUUGAACCACAUAUUUGGGUGAAUGUACACUCUGGAAUGGAGGCUUUGUUUAUGCCAUAUGAUCACAAGAAUUCUACACCGAAUGGACUCACAUCGCGCUUAAUGAGGUCAAUGUUACAAGACUUGAAUCAUCGUUACUUUCAAGACAAAUGCUUGGUUGGUUCUGGUGGGGGCUCUGUUGGGUAUCUUGCGCAUGGAACAACAACUGACUACAUGUAUGACAUUGCCAAGGUUCCAAUGGCUUUCACUUUUGAGAUUUAUGGAGACCUGUCAGCCUCUUCCAAAGACUGCUUCAAAAUGUUCAAUCCAGUAGAUAAAGUUACAUUCAAUAGAGUUCUCAACAAAUGGGUUGCAACAUUCCUCAUGCUUUUUGAGAUGGUGCCCAGCCGGCUACACAGUAUCCAUCUGGCAGUCUCUUCAGUCAAGUUGGUCCCUAUAGGUGGUAACGUAGUAGAUGGAAGCUUGAUAGGUGAUAGCAGGGAAAGCAAGAAAAUUGAGGGCCUCGAACUUGGGAUGCAAGAAUUAAGAACUUAUUUCAGGCUAUUCUUGCUAUCUUCAGUCUUAUUGAUGUUCAUGUUUUGUUCAAGGAUAUCAAAGAGUAAAUGUAGACCGGCAUGCCCGAACCUUGCAAUUUGAAUUUGAAUAGGGGCAAGUCAUCAGUUUAUCAUUUUCAUCAGUUGCUUCUAGAUUAAUGCCUUCUGCAAGAAAUGCAUGGACUGGAACAGCUCUGAUGGCAUUACAUCAAAGGUAUGGACCAGAAGACGACCUUUUCUAACGCAUGAUGUAUGUUCAGCCAAUGCUUAAUUAUUUUGAUAAUAUCGUAGGAGGUUCAGUCGAAUCUUGAAUAGCCAGUUUUUCAACAUGUUAGAAUAUAAUGUGGCAGAGAGGAUCCUGUGGUGAUGGUUCAUGCAAGAUGAAUUAGGUGGGGCUGAAGCUGUAGAGGUACUAGAUGCAUGCAAGAUAGAUGGUGCUUGCAAUGCUUGGCUGGGUGAACAGCUAAGCGACUGACCGAUUGUUUUUUUCGUGAGCAAUCUUUCACAUUGUGCUUGCAAUCCUUGCGACCUGUCAGACGGGAGGCUUGUGAUAUUGCAAGCUAUUUUGUUCUUGCAAACUAUUUUGUUUUGACCCUUUAUAAAUAUGUAAUUGAUUGACUUCUACCACCAGAAUUUAUGUAUGUUUUUUGUUACAUAUCUUUCAUUA